AUGAUCAAAUAUAUCCUCCUUUUGUCCCGACAAGGCAAAGUCCGGUUGGCAAAAUGGUACAUUCCCCUCUCCCAGAAAGAAAAAACUAAGAUUAUUAGAGAACUCACCGCGAUCAUCCUUUCCAGAAGGGCCAAAAUGUGCAAUAUCAUUGAGUACAAGGAUUCCAAGAUUAUUUAUCGAAGAUACGCUUCGUUAUUUUUCAUCACCAAUAUCCCAAAUGAGGACAAUGAGCUUCUCACACUAGAAAUCGUCCAGAGAUACGUUGAGCAAAUGGAUAAGGCGUACGGGAACGUCUGUGAAUUGGAUAUCAUUUUCAAUUUCCAGACAGCAUACCAUAUCCUUGACGAAUUAAUAUUGGACGGGGUAGUCCAGGAAACUUCUAAAAGAGAAGUGCUAAGAAGAGUAGCCACUCAGAACCAGCUAGAGAGUGCUGAUGAAUUGAAUAGUGUGAUGACCUAA